AUGUCUGAGUCCGGUCAAGCGAUCCUCUUCUUUCUGCCCCACUUGAUUUGGCGCUCAUUGGCGGUGUACGUGUUCGGAGAGGACAUGAGUCUGGUGAUGCAGCAGGCCUCGAUUGCCCGAAAAGCCAAAGACGAGUUGGUCUACACACAGACAGUUGAAGGCAUCGCGCAACAGCUGUUCCGGCUGUCGCGGGAACAGCUCGACAAUCGACAGACGAAGUGGGCCGUCGGACAGCGCUGGGUCGUCUCGCGCCGUUGGUUGCCGGGCGUUCAGUUAGUCACGAUGAGCAAGCGAUUGGGCACUCGGGUUGUCGGCACCUACCUCUGCAUUAAACUGCUCUACGUCGUCAAUCUCAUCAGCCAGAUGUACCUGAUACAGGCCUUCCUCACCAUUGGACGCACCAGCCUUCAGGUUCGUCCAUUCUCCCUUUUACUCGCACUCGGUUUA